CCCCCGUUCCCGAGCCCCGCGCCCCCCGCUCCGCCCCACGCCGCGCCGCGCCCGCCGCGCCGCUCCAGCAUGCACGGAGGAUGCUCGCGUCUUGCUCAGGCAGGAAGGGGCCGGAGGGCAGGUACCCGCUGCAUUACCUCGUCUGGCACAACCGCGCCCGUGACCUGGAGCGGGAGCUCAGCGCCAAGCAGGCCGACAUUGAGCAGCUGGACCCCCGAGGACGUACCCCGCUGCACCUGGCCACCACGCUGGGUCACCUCGAGUGCGCCAGGGUGCUGCUGAAGCAUGGCGCUGACGUGGGCAAGGAGAACCGCAGCGGCUGGACAGUCCUGCAGGAGGCCGUGAGCACCCGCGACCUGGAGCUGGUGCAGCUGGUCCUGCGCUACCGCGACUACCAGAGAGCCAUCAAGCGCCUGGCCGGGAUCCCCAUCCUGCUGGAGAAGCUGCGCAAGGCCCAGGACUUCUACGUGGAGAUGAAGUGGGAGUUCACCAGUUGGGUGCCGUUGGUGUCCAAGAUCUGCCCCAGUGACACCUACAAGGUGUGGAAGAGCGGCCAGAAUCUGCGGGUGGACACCACGCUGCUGGGCUUCGACCAUAUGACCUGGCAGCGGGGCAACCGCAGCUUCGUCUUUCGGGGACAAGACACCAGCGCGGUGGUUAUGGAGAUCGACCACGACCGACGGGUGGUCUACUCGGAGACGUUGGCCCUGGCCGGCCACGACCAGGAGGUGCUGCUGGCUGCUGUGCAGCCCACCGAGGAGCAGGUGAUGGGGCGGCUGACGGCCCCCGUCGUCACCACCCAGCUCGACACCAAGAACAUCGCCUUUGAGAGGAACAAGUCCGGGAUCCUGGGCUGGAGGAGCGAGAAGACGGAGAUGGUGAACGGGUACGAGGCCAAGGUCUACGGCGCAUCCAACGUGGAGCUGAUCACGCGGACGCGGACCGAGCACCUCUCGGACCAGCACAAGGGCAAGAGCAAAGGCAGUAAGACCCCCCUGCAAUCCUUCCUGGGCAUCGCCGAGCAGCACGUGGGGCCCAACAACGGGACGCUGAUCACGCAGACGCUGAGCCAUGCCAACCCCACCGCCAUCACCCCUGAGGAGUACUUCAACCCCAACUUCGAACUGGGCAACCGAGACAUGGGGCGGCCCAUGGAGCUCACCACCAAGACACAGAAGUUCAAGGCGAAGCUGUGGCUGUGCGAGGACCACCCGCUGUCCCUCUGCGAGCAGGUUGCCCCCAUCAUUGACCUCAUGGCAAUAAGCAACGCGCUCUUCGCCAAGCUGCGGGACUUCAUCACCCUGCGCCUCCCGCCGGGCUUCCCCGUCAAGAUCGAAAUCCCCCUCUUCCACGUGCUCAACGCCCGCAUCACCUUUGGGAACCUCAACGGGUGCGACGAGCCCGUCAGCUCCCUGCGGCACAGCCCCAGCAGCGAGGCACCCUCGCCCAGCAGCGACUCCUCCAGCGUCAGCAGCUCCAGUUCCCUGACCUCGUGCCGGGCGUGCGAGAUGGACCCGGCGCUGUUCGAGGUGCCGCGGGGGUACAGCGUGGUGGGCACCCACCAGGACGCCCUGCGGGAGGAUGAGGAUGACCUGCUGCAGUUCGCCAUCCAGCAGAGCCUGCUGGAAGCGGGCAGCGAGUACGACCAGGUCACCAUUUGGGAAGCGCUAACCAACAGCAAACCGGGCACCCACCCCAUGUCGCACGAAAGCCGCCGAGGAGACAGGUUGGUAAGGUCCGGCCAGCCCCCCCCCCCAUCCCGGGGGGGGUGGUGGUGGUGGUGGGGGAAAGCGGGAGUGGGUGCCAGGCCCACGGGGACCCCCGCUGAGACCCUGCCACCCCCCCCCCCCCCCCCCAGGACUCCCCAGCACACGGCGGCCCCCCGUCCCCCAGUCACCCCAGCCCCGGGGGGGGGGCGGGGGGGGCCCAGCGCCCUGUUCCCCAGUUACGCGGAGCAGCUGCGGCUGGCCAUGGCGCUGUCGGCGCGGGAGCAGGAGGAAGCCGAGCGCCGGACACGCCAGGAGGAAGAGGAGCUGCAGCGGAUCCUGCAGCUCUCGCUGACGGAGAAGUGACCCCGUGCCCCCGCUGAGCCCCCCCCCCCCCCUUUCACCCCGAUGGGGCUGGGGGAUGCGGCUGGUGCCGUGUACGGGGGCACGGAGGGGGAGCGGGAUGGGGGGAGCCAGCCCAAGCACUGCGGAGGGCAAACGGGGAGGGGGGGGGGGGGUGUGCUGGAUUUGGCCCUGGUGUAGGGGAGAUCGUCCCCAUCGCCGGAGCGGCACUGAGGUGUUGGGGGGGGGGGGGGGGGAGCACCCCACAGCAGGACAGGGUGAGGGUGGGGGCGGGUGACAGCCCUGCAGCGGGGGUGACGGGGACCAGGGGUGACAACCCCGCAGACUGUACCCCACUCCUGGGACAGCCCUAGCCCCCCACCCCAACCGCCCUAUGGGGUGCUGCUCAGCCCCUCACCCCAGGAAGGCGGUGGGGGGCACAUCCUGCCUCAAAUGGGGGGGGGGGCUGUCGCUCGUGUGAGGCUGCCGCUCAUGUGGGGGUCCUGAGGUGCCCCCAGAGCUGGGGGGGGGGGCUCUGCCCAGCCCCCCUCGCCCCCCCUCUGCCCAGGCGCUACCAAGUGCACUUACCCGGGAGCUGCUCUGCCUGCCAACGGGGGGGGGGGGGGGGUGUCAGCCCCAUUGCACCCCACAGCCAGCGCGGGGCUGCACAGCCGCCCCCCCCCCCCCCCCAGCGUGGGGGUCCGCUGAGGCAGCCAAGGGGGUGCCUGCAAAAGGCCGCCCAGUGUCACCCCCCCCCCUUACUCCCUGCUCGCAUGCCCCCCCCCCCCUUGGCAGCGCUGCACCCCCUCGUCCUGGGCACUGACCCCGAGAGAAACCUUACGUCAAAUGGUGCUAACCCCCGGCUCCCCCCGCCCCGGGCUGCUCCUCCUUUGCACACAGGGGACCGGGGGCUGUAAGGGGGGGGGGGGCCGGGUUUGCUCCCCUGGGACUUUUCGUAGCGGCCCCCCCCCCCCCCCCAUCACCACUCCAUGCACCCCACAAGCGACGUCUGGGCCAGGGCCGGGGGAGCCCGAGCAGCUCCGAGCGCGGCCAACACCAAUAAAUGCUCUUUAAUGUU